CGCUAAAUAUGGUUUAAUAUAAAUAGCUCUCAAAAACUUUAGUGUGUAUCAGUAUCUGAUUAUCUUACCACAUUAACAAUGAACUCUUUCUGCUUUGUCGCCUUCUUUGCCUUUGUGGCCGUUGCCAAUGCUGGUAACUUGGUUCUUCCUUCCGCAAGAAUCAUUCAGGGACCCAGCAGCAGAACCACCGUAGUUGGUCCCGAUGGUAGCGCCAUCUCGUCUGUAGCUCCAGGUGGACAAAUCAUCCAGGAAGAAAGUGCCGGCGUUGUUGCCCACAGUGCACCUGUUGUAGCUGCCCCAGCUUUAGCUUAUUCUUCUUUACCUCUGGCUUACGCAGCUCACUCUUCUCCUAUCGUGUCAGCUUACUCCUCUCCUCUAGUAUCUGGUGUCCCAGUUGUGUCAGCCUACUCAGCUCCUGUACUAUCCGGAGUCGAAGAUACUGUUGUAGCUGGUCCUUCCGGCACUAUCAUUUCGGGAAGAUCCGUAGCAGCUCCACUUGUUUCAGCUUGGUGAAGAUUUUGUCAAUUUAGCAGAAUGUAAUAUAAUUUGGAAUACAAAAUUUAUGUAAAUACAUUUAUUUGACCAUGCAAA